AUGGUGGACUUGGAGCAGAAGAGGGUGCUGAAGGAUUUCUUGAGGAAGGGUGAGACUGUGGAGACAGUAGAGAACCUUGUGCUGCAAGGAAGACACUUGAGGCUCAAGAACCUGACAGUGCUGGCGCAUUGUGAGAGACUGAGAAAACUCGAUUGCUCGAGGAACUCGAUAGAAAGUUUGGCAGGGGGCGAGAGUCUGUGUAGGCUCGAGAAACUGAACCUCUCCGACAACAAGAUCUCAGACCUGUCGGAGAUUCUGCACCUUCAGUCGCUCUUCCAGCUGUUCGAGCUGGACCUGAGGUGGAACCCCAUCACAAAGCAGGAGAGCUACAGGCUCUUUGCAGUCAAGUACCUCCCUCGGCUCAGACGGCUCGAUGGAGUUGAGAUCUCCGCUUCUGAGAGGAUUCGAGCUGAAAGACUCUUUGCGAAUCUGGACUGCAGCAGCAGCUCAGAUGCAGGUAGCUCGCAUGUCGUGUCCGGGGAGGAGGAGGACAGCGAUGAAGAACUCGCAUCCAGCCGCGGGCGCGAGGAGGCAGGUGCACAGAGGCGCGCUCCUCCCUUCUCGCGUGAAGACGAAGAGACGGGCCAUAGAAAUGUGUGGAACAGACUCAAACUGGAGCAGCAGGGAGCCGCUGGCUUCAACGUGCAGUGGAGCAGGAGCCUGGAGGCCGUUCUUGCAGGCGAUUUCAGCGGGAACGAGGGCGAGGAGAUAGCCGGUAUGCUCGGCUGCAAGUUUGAAGUCCAAGUGAUCCCAAGUGAAGCAGAGCCCUCCGGGAGAGUCAAGAAGAUGUCAGAGGGGAGGAAGCACGAGGAGGAUGAGGAAGCGGGGGGACGUGGGAUGAAGGAAGAAUCUACAGAUGAGAUGGUUGUAGAGGGGCUGCGAGACCUAGUCCGUCAAGUUCUGAGGGAGAGGGAGAAGGGAACGAAAGAAGAGAACGAGAUGUGGCGAAGCAUACAAGAUAAGGUGUACAUGCUCAGCCCCCUUCACCAAACUGACCUCACAAAUAUUAAGGUACAAGCAAUCCUAUACAUGGCUCAGUCCAGCCGUGGCAGUCAGGCUCCAUCGACCCACAAUGAUCAUCCUGCUGAUAGGAUAGACGGCUCCAGCAUUGAUCAGGCUUACAAGCGCGAACUGAGUGCCCUUGUCGAUGCCCAGAAUCAACGAGUUGAGAGUUUAGAGCAAACGAGAAGAAGUCUUGAGCAGGAGCUCAAAGCCCUCCGCGAUCAAAACACGCUCUACCACCAGCAAGUCCUAAAGGCAGAAGCAAAAGUCUCCAUGGUCCAGGACAAACUUGACGCCAUGCAGGCUCAUGAAACUGCCGGGAGACCGUCGACAUCCACCGACGUUGAGGGGCAGCAAGAGAUGCUUCUGCGUCAGCGAGAGCUUGUCCGCAUGCUCCAACAGUCGCACGAGGAGCUUAUCCGUGACAAUGCUUGGUUCAAACAAGAGCUGGAGAAGGAGAGAGCAGGGCGAGCAGCCGACGUCCUCGUCUUCGAACGGAACUAUCAGGAACUCCGCUCGCUUGUCAAGUUAUCGGAGGCACAAGCUGUCAAAGGUCAUCAGGGAGACGGACAAACGAGUUGA